UCUUGCCGAAUGCUAAUGUUACUUCGAAUGAGAUCUGGUGGAGUUUUUUUACAACCGCGCAAUGCACCAAUAGUUUUUUUUUUCCAAUCUCCCAAUCCAAUGCACCGAUAGGCCGGCAAAAAAAAAUGCGAAGUGAACCUAGAUAAGGAUAAGCACUACGCUGUCUCAGAGUGUGAUGGAUCAAUGGCGAGGCCGCACGCCGUGGUGGUGCCGUACCCGGGCGCCGGCAACAUCAACCCGGCGCUGCAGCUCGCCAAGCUGCUCCACGGCCACGGCGUGUACAUCACCUUCGUCAACACCGAGCACAACCACCGCCUGGUGCAGGAGACCGAGGGCGCGGGCGCCGUGCGCGGCCGCGACGGGUUCCGGUUCGAGGCCAUCCCGGACGGCCUCUCCGACGCCGACCGCAGCAAGCAGGACUACGGGCAGAGCCUGCUGGUGUCCACGACCACGCGCUGCGCGGCGCCGCUGCGGGACCUCAUCGCGCGGCUCAACGGCACGCCCGGGGUGCCGCCGGUGACGUGCGUGCUGCCCACGGGGCUGAUGACCUUCGCGCUGUCCGUGGCGCGGGAGCUGGGCAUCCCGACCAUGGUGUUCUGGUGCGCCGGUGCGGCCUCGCUGAUGGCGUACAUGAGGACGCGGGAGCUCAGGGAGAGAGGCUAUGUGCCACUCAAAGAUGAGAGCUUCCUGACGAACGGCUACCUGGACAAGACGAUCAUCGACUGGAUCCCCGGCGUGCCGCCGAUCAGUCUCGGCGACAUCUCGAGCUUCGUCCGCACCACCGACCCCGAUGACUUUGGCCUCAGAUUCAGCGAGUCCGAGCCCAGCAACUGCACCAAGGCCGGCGCCCUCAUCCUCAACACCUUCGAGGAGCUCGACGCCGACGUCCUCGCAGCGCUCCGCUCUGAGUACGCCCGUGUCUACACCGUCGGACCCCUGGGCUCCCUCCUCCAGCACAGCGCCGCCGCCGCUGACGACAGCAACGACUUGACCGGCUCAACCGGUCUAAGCCUGUGGAAGCAGGACGCCGAGUGCCUGGCGUGGCUGGACACGCAGGAGCCGCGCUCCGUCGUGUACGUCAACUUCGGCAGCCACACGCUGAUGACGCCGGAGCAGCUGGCCGAGUUCGCGUGGGGCCUCGCCGCGAGCGGCCGCGCGUUCCUCUGGUCCAUCAGGGACGGCGUCGUCCGCGGCAGCGGCCUGCCCCCGGCGUUCGUGGCCGAGACGGCGGGGCGCUGCCGCGUGACGGCGUGGUGCCCGCAGGAGCAGGUGGUGCACCACCCGGCCGUGGGCUGCUUCCUGACUCACAACGGGUGGAACUCGACGUGCGAGAGCCUGGCUGCCGGCGUGCCGAUGGUGUGCUGGCCGGGGUUCGCGGACCAGUACACCAACUGCAAGUACGCCUGCGAGGUGUGGGGCGUCGGCGUCCGGCUGGACGCUGAGGUCAGGAGGGAGCAGGUCGCCGCGCACGUCAUGGAGGCCAUGGGGAGCGAGGAGAUAAAGGCCUGCGCGGCGAGGUGGAAGGCGGAGGCGUCGGCGGCCAUCUGCCCCGGCGGGUCGUCGUAUGAGAACCUGCUGAGCUUGGUCAGAGCAUUGGGCGGCUCACCCAAUCCCAAAGCCUGAAGAGUCUAAGACGGAGAGGAGUCCCUGCUGAUUAUAUGAAAGUAAUCGGUACUGGUAGCUUAAAAGGGAGGCGAUGAAUUAGACCAAUUUAAAGCCUUAACCAAUAGCUUAAACCAGUUAGCACAAAAUAUAAGCUAAAAUAUAUUAUCUAGAUGUGCAGCUAGGGUGCUCAUUCUAAAGAGUUUUGCAACCUAUACCCAAUCUUAACAAGAUACUACACUAAGAAUGUAAAGACACAUAAUAUUACAAUAAGAAAUGCGGAAGCUUAAAGAAAAGGGAUGAGGGGAAGUAAACUCACGACAUGAAAAUUUAUCCCGUGGUACCAACAGGCACAAAGGCCACCUCUAGUCCACGUUGUUGAAGUACUCGCUAAGGGUAUUGCUUCCCGGUUACCGAGUCUCUUCCGGGACUCUUCUUGACUCGCCACAAGGCUCUCGCUAAGUUCCCGAUCAAUUCGAUGCCGUCUCCACUAAGGAGCUUCUCCACGAAGGAAAGGGUCUUUACGUCCUCCGCACAAAGCCGUCAUUAUCGGUGUUUUACCGCCUGUCCACCGAGGGGUAUACCCGGGGUGGUAAGUUUUAGGUAGGGUGACGCUGAGAUCUGGAACUCGAAGGUGCAAGCAACACAAGGUUUAGACAGGU